UUUGAAUGUGAGCGAGUCGCCGCCGGAGGGAAAUUCUGGGUUUUGCGUGGAGCGGCGACCCCGGAGAUGGAGGAUGGGGGGGCGAGCCUGGCCUCUCCCGCAAGAACAUGGGAUACAAUCUCUUCAAACUUAAAUGACCUAUGCUUUCAUCUCAACUCCAAGAUCUCAAAUAUCAAAAAGUCACUUCAGCUGAGAAAAAUAGACCAGGACCCAUCUUUGAAGACAGUGCUCAAUAAGGUAGUCCAUGAAAUGUUCCUCUUAAAUAGCCUCCUCAAUAAAUUGGAAGAGGAGUAUCAUCAUCAGUGGAGACUACAGAAAAAACUCAAGGAGCUGCAGGCGUCGGUGGAGAGGGACUAUCUGGAGGCCCAGCGUCUUGGAGAGAAUGUGCCCAUCUACCUUCCCCAAGCCACACAAGGCAGUUCGGUAGGCAUAGCUCUAAAGGAGAAGGAACCGUGCAAGGCUGAGGAGAAUAAAGCCUCAAAGAAGUCGGCCAAAGUCUCCAAGUGCAUCCGAGAAGCGCCCUUCAUAACGGCAGAGGAGUUUGAGAACGUUCCCGCGUACAUGAAAGGCCGUCUCACCCACAGCCAGGUGAACGCGGUCGUGGUCGAGAUCAACAAAGCUGUGGCUAGCAAGUACAGCAUCAUGCGCCAGCCUGUGAAAACCAUGGUGAACGCAACCAGGAACCUCUACUUCCGAUUCCAGGAAGAGGAAACCAAAGACACAAAAGGUGAAUAUUUUAUUGUGGAGGCUGAUAUUGAAGAGUUCACCCCGCUGAAGGUUGACAAACGUUUUCACAGCAUCCUGACUAUCUUGCGACAUUGCCACCGAGUGCGGGAAAUCCGAGGAUCCCGGCUUGUCCGCUAUGCCCUCUGCUAAAAAUUAUUGGUCACUGUUGUGGACGUUUGGUUUUUUCCCCUGACAACGCUGCAUCUUUGUUUUGCUUCCUUCCUGCCAUUAUUAUUAGAAAAGAUGGGUUUUGUUGGCAUUAGUAAAAUGUUUGUUAUGGGACAAAGAUUUUAGAUUUGUGCAGUGACUGAGACAGCGAAACAAUAUCAUAGCUUUUCCUGCCAUCUCCUCAUUCCAUUUUAAUUUUGUACUUGGUGAGUUUAAGACAUUUUAAUUUGGCAUAAUAGAUGAAGUGUUUGAAGAGAUUUGCUCAAAGUUUUUGGAACUUGAGUUUUGGAAGUGGUGUGUUGCUAAUAAAUCAGAGAAGGGAA